AGCUAGCUGUUCGGCAAGUUGCAAUGUUCACUUCUCCGGAGGAAAUUAGGGUUUCACACCCAAGCCCCGGGUCCCAUUGGAAGAGGAAGGAUAUAGGGCAAAUCUAUACACCGGAGCUGAACAGACCAGGCUUUUAUUUAUUUACGUAGGAAGACCGGAGAGCGACAACAAUGCUAAUCCCGAUGAGGAAAUGCAGCUCCCUUGUGUUUGAAGUGGGCUGGUUGUCAACCCAGCAGCUGCUGACAUCGUGUGAAUAGACGGUGCCCAGACCACAUCGGUCGGGGGCUGAGAGGCGCCGAGCAAGAGGGCAGAAAGGCUGAGGCUCACAAGCGUUGCGGCGCUCGCACUGUGUAGCACUUAGCUCGGCAGGGUGAAGGGAUUUUAAUUUGUCUGAAGCGGUCUGGUGUCUGCUCGGAGGCACCCGAGAACAGACCAGGCAACUCGGAUUACUUUGGUGUAAUGAGAGCGCUGGUCAUGGGCAGAUGAUGGACGUGGAGACGUCGUACUCGGACUUCAUCAACUGUGACCGCACAGGCCGCAGGAACGCAGUACCCGACCUCACAGGGCAAGGGCAAGGACAAGGAGCGGCCAGCACCAGUGAACUCACCAAAGAUUUGGCAGAGAUGGACCUGAAGGCUGCAGAAGGAGACCCGGGGGCCUCCCCAGCCCCUGGGGCAGAGGGCUCCACCAGCCAAGAUGCCCAGGGAGGCGGAGGCCCGUCCUAAACUCAGCCAGAGACCAAAGGGCGGCAGAGCCGAGGAGUGAAAGGUGAAGGGAGGAAGCUCGUGGGUGUGGAGAGACGAGGAGAAAGGAAAGAGUGUACAUUGGUUGUCCUAACUGGACACGAGGACACCUUCGCUCACUGCCAGCCUGUUUGGAGCCUCCGCAGCCCAAAUGUUCGCCUUUUCAUUGGAUCAGAUUGUAACAGCAGAACUGACUGGAGACGCUGCUCUUGUGCUUCACUCUCCGUUAGUCAUUUAUAUUCCUGACCGGACAAGAAAGCACAGACACUUUGGAUUUGUGUGUGUGGAGAUGAACUGAGCUUAACAGAAUUCCUUUAUAACACUCAAAACAUUGUUCCGUGUCAUGGACGGGCGUAUUCAUAAUCAUCCGUUUGUCAUUUUCUUUCCAUGUGUUUGUGACCCUCUUGUCCUCGUCAUUUCUUUUGUAACGAAACAUAGUCGCCAUUAUUCUGUCGUGUACGGACUUCAUAUUUAUUGCUUAAUGUUCAGUGAUAACUUUGUGAUAGCAAAUUUCUUUGUGUAAUAAAAUACUUAUGAAUUACUGUAA